AUGGAUGAAUCUGUUGAUAGGGUCCUUGCAGGAAAAUACCCUGCCAAGGCCCAUGCAAAACGCGUGGCCGCCCGCAUUCGAGAGCUUGGGUAUGGGGAAUCUGGCGUCAUUUAUCUCGAAGGCCAGAAAACGCAGAUGAUAGAGGACAAUGAUGGAUCAAUGCCGUUCCGCCAGAGACGCAACUUCUUCUACCUCUCAGGAUGUCCUCUCCCUGAUUCUUAUCUCACAUAUAACAUCGAAGAGGACCACCUAACCCUUUUCAUUCCUCCUAUUGACGAAGAUUCCGUCAUCUGGUCGGGGCUACCGCUUUCGCCCGAUGAGGCAUUGGAGAUGUACGAUGUAGAUGCCGUCCUUUUGACCACCGAUGUCAAUACUAGUUUGGCACAUUUCUGCUCAGUGAAGAAGGGUAAAAAGGUAUUCGCAAUAGCUGACCAAGUUUCUCCGCACAUAACUUUUUUGCCGUUCCAAGAGACAGACUUUGAUGUUUUGAAACGAGCUGCUGAGGAGUCUCGUGUUGUUAAAGACACUUAUGAAAUUGCUCUUCUCCGUCGCGCGAAUGAGAUAUCUACCAAAGCACAUGUAGCGGUUAUCAAGGCGGCCAGAUCUGCCGCGAACGAGCGAGAAUUGGAGGCCAUUUUCAUCGCGACUUGCAUGUCUUAUGGUUGUCGAGAGCAGUCAUACCAUCCGAUCUUUGCUAGUGGAACAAACGCUGCGACAUUGCACUACCAAAAUAACAACGAAGAUUUAGUUGACAAAACUACUGGAGAGAAGAGGUUGAACAUGUUAGUUGAUGCCGGCGGAGAGUACCGGACCUACUGCGCAGAUAUCACGAGGGUUGUCCCGCUCUCGGGAAAGUUUUCUGCGGAAUCCCGACAGAUAUACGAUAUUGUGCUGGAUAUGCAGAUGACGUCAUUGGCAAUGAUUAGAGCGGGCGUAAUGUGGGAAGAUGUACACUCGAACUCUCACCGUGUCGCCAUCCGCGGACUGCUCAAACUUGGUAUUCUGCGUGGUACGGAGGAAGAACUGUUUGACAAAGGGAUCAGCGUUGCCUUUUUCCCUCACGGCGUAGGACAUUACCUCGGUAUGGACACCCACGAUACUGGAGGCAAUCCAAACUACAAGGAUGAAAACCCAAAGUUUAAAUAUUUGCGCUUGAGGGGCACUUUAGCAUGCGGUGCCGUUGUGACAGUUGAACCAGGUAUCUACUUUUGCCGUUUUAUCAUCGAUCCCUAUCUCGCUUCUCCAGAAUUGGGAAAGUAUAUAGAUACCAACGUACUCGAACGAUACUGGAAUGUAGGUGGCGUACGCAUUGAAGACAAUGUUGUCGUCACACAAAACGGUCACGACAACCUAACAGCAGCUCCGAAAAUUCCGGAAGAGAUAGAGAAACUCGUUGCAGCAGCACAAUAGCUCGCCAAAUUUAUCUUAAUUUAUUAGGGUACUAUACAACAAUUUAAAAUCCCAACCUUCGAAUUUUCAUGAAUAAAAACUCAAAGUACAGUAUUCAAGAUCUUAAUCUAUAUCUAUCUAUUGAAUCAUGGCCUUUAAUGCCUGAAGUAGUAAAGCAAAAAUAAAUCCUCUUGCAACAGAUUUGACCUGAAGAGAAUCAAAAACAUGUCCAAGAGCCUCUGUAGUUGCAGCGUUGCCCAUGAUGCUCGUCAGAGCCUGCGGCAUGCCUCUUGUCACUAGCAACUUUCGAGCCUUGAUCCGAAGCUCCAUUUGUUCAUCAUCAGUCAAGGGAGGGGGGAUCGAUUUGAGUUCAUCUUCAGUUGGCAGUGCAUUUUGACGUAGGGCAGUGAUGUACGUCGCAAGGGCAUCAUCAGAGGCAUUGGAUUCAAUAAUUGAUUGCUGCAUCAGGAGACGAAUACCUUCAAUAUUUGGAUUCCCAGGUCGGAGCAAAAACGAUCUCGCCGCAUUCAACAGUUUUUUUCUAAUUCCCCAGGCGGAGGACAAGGCAUAUAGUUCGUUAAUGACAGCAAACAGUAGUUCAACUGCAACACCAGUCUCUUCCUCGGAGAGAGGCAUAACCCUCACUUCGGUUGAGUAAGGAUUAAGGUGAGAGUUCAAAGAUUCGACGUCUGAUUCAGGCUGGACAGUCGUAUUGCCGUUAAAGCCUGUAACUUGACCGGCUAGACCGGUUGAUACGGGCUCGACUUCUUGCAGGCGGUUUUUGCUAGCGACGGGUCCG